AUGACACACCCAUCAAUGAAAAGUAUGGAUAUAAAACAAGAUCCAGUUGAUUUAAAGAAGAUACAUAUUUUACAUAGUGAUUCAAAUAAUAAUAAUAAUAAUACUUCAAUAAAAAAAGUCAAACAAUAUUCAACUUUAGAACACAUUCCAUCAACAUCAUCAAAUAAUCUUAUGAUAAAUAAUAAUUAUUGUCAUUCAUGUGGAGAAUAUUAUGAUGAUAUAAUAUCAUGUGAUAUUUGUCAAACAACAUCUCAUCUUCUUUGUGCUAAUUCAUCAUUAACAAAAGAUAACAUGUUAAAAGAUUCGUAUUUUUGUAAUGAUUGUCAAAUGAAAACAAAAAUUCAACAUAAUAAAGAUAAACAACAAAAACUUAUUCUACCAUUUCGAUUCGAUCCAAAAAAAUCAUUAAAUUUAAACGAUUGUAAAAAAACUCAAAAACAUCAUUCAACAUUAGACGAAAUUAAACUAUCGACAGCAUCGAACGAUCAAUCUUCAGAUGAGAUUAAAUGUCCUACAAUAAAUAAUAAAAAUGUAUUAUCAACAUCGAAUUCAAAACGAAAAAGAAUGGAUUCAUCAUCAUCAUCAAUAAAUCCUUCACUUUUUAAUUCAGAUACUCAAUUAGAUAUAUUACAUCAUUUAUUUCGUUCAUGUCAACCAGAAGAAUUUCAUGGUCCAUCAAUACCAUCGAAUAAUUUAACGUAUCAAAAGAAUUGUUUCGUAUGUCGAAAAUCUUCUAUUAAACAAGGUCCAUCAAUACAAUGUGAUUAUUGUACAUUAACAUAUCAUUUAGAUUGUUUAAUACCUUCGAUGAUAACAUUACCAGUAUCAAAUGAAAAAUGGAUAUGUCCAAAUCAUAUCGAACCAAUAUUAGAUCAUUAUUUAAUAAAGAAAAAGAAAAUUUCUACUAAUCACCGAGUAAAACUUUCUCAUCAAUAUUCACAAAUUAAACAAAACACAGUUGUACAAGAAUUUACAGAAAGAAAACAAACAAAAGAUUAUUUAUUAUCAAAUACAAUAGAUAAUCAUCGAUUAGAACGAAUUGAUAUAAGCCAAAUACCUAAAACUAUUGAAAAUUUUUAUUCUCAAGCAAAUACAAAAGAAAAACAGAUCUGUGAAAUUGAAAAUAAUAAUUCGAAAGAAGAAUUAUAUGUACAGACGACCUUUCCUUCUGUUGAAUCUUCAUCGGUAUAUGACCCAUGUAUAUGGGAUAUAUUACAAGCAAUCCUCGAUCAUAUUAUUAAUAAUCGUAAUUAUGAAUUCUCAUCUAUAGAACCUUUAUCAAUUGAGAAUGAUUAUCAUCUAACAAAUUCAUCAGUGAAAACUGAAUGCAAUACAUUCGAUACAAUCGAUAUAUUACUACAAGCAUUAAAUCAACCUGAUCAUAUACCUGACCAAUGCACAUUAGAUAAAAUGACUAAAUUAAAUACCCGUAUGACUACUGUUGAUUCAUAUGAAGAAACACAAAAUCCCAAUUCAUUCUCAUUAUCAAUUGAUCUCACACAAUUUCAUUCAUCUCAUGCUGCUCUUAUUCAUUUACGUUCUCAACAUGUUAUUUAUAUUGAAAAAAAUGUUAUUUGGUUUGGUUCAUCAUCAUUAAAUGAUAUAUGUUUAAAAGAUUUUUAUCAAUCACAUUCAUGUCCAUAUAUAUCAGAAAAACAUGCUUGUUUAUAUUAUGAUCAAAAACAUAAUUUAUUUGAAUUAUUAAAUUAUAGUGAAUAUGGAACAAUUGUUAAUAAUUUUCGUUAUGGAUUAGAUAUAAGAAUUAAUGAUGAUCGAAAUAAUAAACAAGAGAAUGAUAAUUUUAAAAAAUGUUAUUGUUUAACAAA